GUUCCUAGAUGGGAAACUGCUAGAUAUUAAUAAAGACUUCCAGCCAUAUUAUGGUGAAGGAGGACGAAUUUUGGAAAUCCGCACACCAGAUGCAGUGGCGUUGGUUAAAAAACAUGGGCAGUCUUUUGGCUAUACUGAAGGGGCACUGCUUGCACUAGCCAUGAUUAUCAUCCUCUGUUGUAUUCCUGCCAUCUUGGUCGUGUUGGUCAGCUACAGACAGUUUAAAGUACGACAAGAAGAAUGCACCAAGACAGCCAAGAUGCAGGCCCUGGCAGCGCCCAAGCCAGCAGCCCAGCCCCAGCAGCAGCAGCAGUAUGAAAUGCCCCAGUACGGAAGUCGCGGCGGCUGCUGCCACCUGCUGGUGAGGAGUAUGGCGAAGUGGCGGGAGAAGCUGAGGAAGAGUAUUACCCAGAGGAGGAGGUAG